AAGGUGGAAGAAGAAUAUGACAAAAACUUUUCUUGAGGAGAAGAUAAGGAAGCCGUGGAGAGAGACGACCAACGAAGGAAAGAGAAAAAUUAUAGAAUGGUCAAUACAAAAAUAGUAGACGAAUUGUGUCGUGGAAAAAAGAAUGUAAUGCCAAAAACACAUGUUAGUAUUGAUGUGAAAGCAAAUUGGUUCGAGGUGGGAUGGACAUAUCACAUACCAUAUGUAGUAUAUAUCUCUGCUGAACUAUGUGGUAUGUGAUAUGUCGAAUUACAGAUCCUGUGGGAGGAUCUACUGAACUAUGAUCAAUUCCCGACGUGUCAAGUGGAUGCACUUGCGACUUACGCCGUCAGUUGGAGAAGAAAAGAGAGGAUGACAAGGUAUAUCAGUUUCUUCUCGGUCUCAACGAUGAGGUUUAUGGUAGUCUCCGCACAACAAUUAUCAGCAGCAAGCCAUUACCAAACCUAAAUCAAGUCUAUUCCAAGGUGAAAUCCGUGGAACGUGUACGUACGGUGAUGAGGAAUCGUGAGGAGCAAGGCACGCAAGCUGCAGCUUUUGCAGUGCAAAUCGCUAAACCUCUUGAAGCACCAGAAGACAAAAGCAAGCACCUCUGCUCCCAUUGUAAAAGACGUGGCCAUACCAAGGAAGCAUGUUUUCAACUUGUUGGUUAUCCACAAUGGUGGGGUGAGAGAGGAGGCAAAUCUGUUCGUGGUCGCGGAUCUGGUGGUGUUGCAAGAGCGAACGCAACGAUGGUCAUAGGAUCUGAGGACCAAAGUGCUGAAGCUUCAAGGAGUGGAUUCACUGGGCUCAACAAUGAUCAGUGGAAAACAUUGAUGCAGCUUCUCGAAAACCAGAACAAGGGGCCAUCAAAUCGCCUAAAUGGACCGUACAACGCGGGAGUUGAUUGGCGCCGGUGAAUUACGAGAGGGUCUAUACUUCUUUCGACGCAUAGGAAUUUUUUCAGCUUUUCGCACAAAUAAAAGUGGAGCCGAAGACACUUGGCAUCAGUGACUUGGCCAUACGUCUAAUGGCGUCUAUGAUUUACUUCCAGUUUUUAGUAAAGGAGUUUCGGAUUUUUCAUCUUGUGAUGUAUGUUUGCGAGCUAAACAAACUCGCGAUACGUUUCAUUCCAGUCUUAAUAAAGCGUCGAAGAUUUUUGAAUUAGUACAUUUGAAUGUAUGGGGAC